CUGCUCUACAACAAGUCCGAGUACAUCGAGACGGCCUCUGGGAACAAAGUUAGUUGCCAGUCAGUGUUGUGCGGAAGUCAGAACAUCGUUCUCAAUGGCAAGACCAUUGUGAUGAAUGACUGUAUUAUCCGAGGGGAUCUGGCAAAUGUAAGAGUUGGACGUCAUUGUGUUGUGAAAAGUCGGAGUGUCAUAAGGCCACUGUUCAAGAAAUUCAGCAAAGGGGUUGCAUUCUUCCCUUUACAUAUUGGGGACCAUGUUUUUAUUGAGGAAGAUUGUGUGGUCAACGCGGCUCAGAUUGGCUCUUAUGUUCAUGUUGGCAAGAACUGUGUGAUUGGGCGCCGGUGUGUGUUGAAAGACUGCUGCAAAAUUCUUGACAACACAGUACUACCCCCAGAAACGGUGGUCCCACCAUUCACUGUCUUCUCAGGCUGCCCAGGACUCUUCUCGGGGGAGCUUUCAGAAUGUAUCCAGGAGCUGAUGAUUGACAUCACGAAGAGCUACUACCAGAAGUUUUUGCCCUUGACUCAGGUCUAAUGUGUCUGUCUCGUGUUGAAUUCGCUUGAGCUCUAAGAUGAACUUGGGGACAAAGUGAGCCAGUGAGCAUCUACAAAGAGCUCUUAUGUCUUUGACACCUUCUACCCAUCCUUUUUUGUUGUUGUUGGGUUUUUUGUUUAAUUCUUCCGAAUUUCUCAAUCAUCCUCGGCUCUGAGCUCUUAAGACUUUAAUAAUAGAUCAUCUGGAGGAGUUGUCUCCAAAAGCUCUGCUUAAACCUUACCUAUUAACAGUCACUUCAUACCAUUAUCUGUGAGGCACAGACUCAUCUGUUCGUAGCACUCCCACUCUUGGUCCUGUGGAUGGC